CAUGGGCUUGGGUCUCACCCCCAUCACAUCAAGCACAAGCGACAGCGUCGGCAGCAGGCCGCUGGGGAGAGCCGAAGCGCCGGAACGGACAGAAGCGCUGCCAGGCUGAAUCGUCUGCGGCAUCACUUCACAGCAGCAACCUCGCCGCCGCCAAAACGGUCGCCAUGCCGCCAGAGUGGAAAAAGAUUCUGUAUCAGAAGCAGAGCUAUCCAGACAACUAUGUGCCCGACAACUUUCUUUCGGAGAUGAGGCAGAAUGUCGACCUCAAAAAUUACAACUAUUGGGAGCUGUCUGUCCAGGCCGGAACGCUUACGCAGCAAAUCAGCUCGAUCACCAUAUUUGUGUCUGUGUUCUGGAACUCGUACCAAGGCCACCUAUCGGGCAAGGCUCUGAUCAUGAUGACUGCCGUAUUGGUCGUUGUCGGAUAUGUCUGCUGGGCCGCUGUCCUUGGAGAAUCUGGUGCUGCGAAGCGACAGCUGACAAUCGUCAAAGGAGGUCUCAUCAUAUUUUCGCUGCUCUUCGGGCUGAGCCCAAUCCUUACAACCCUGACCAAGACGAUCAGUAGCGACACCAUCUGGGCACUCACGCUGGUGAUGUUUCUCACCAAUCUGCUCUUCCACGAGUACGAAGGCGACCACUUUGAAGGCAUUGCGUUUCCAGAGUCGCUUUCGAUCAAUGCCGCCAUCUCUGCAUCGGUGCUGCUCGCGUCUCGUUUGUCGUCUGAGCUGAUGGUGUUUGGGAUCGUCUCCCUGGCGCUGGUACUGUUUGGGCUGUUCCCGCUGUUUCGGCGGUGCCUGCGGCGCUGGGAACGCAAAACCUGGAAGGUCCCUGGGCGACCCGUCGAGCUGGUCCUGACGAUCGCCAUGGGCAGCCUCUCAAUUGGGCUCCUGGCCCCAAUCUCCAUGAUUCCGACGACUGUGUAUGGAUGCUCGGCUCUCUUCAUCGUCUUUGUCUGUCCUUACUGGCUCAUCUGGAAUCAGCGAUUCAAAAACGAAAUCCGUGGCCCGUGGGAUGAGGCAAAGAUACAGCUUGAACAUACCGACCAUGGGCCUGGUGCGAGCCGAUGAAGACGGAAUCUACAAUCAGGGUCGGGGGGGGGGCUAAUCCCGGAUUCGAAAUAUAUGAUGGUGCCCACAGCGUGGCUGGAUGCAAA